AACUAACUGGGAGAAAGUGUUUUGAGUUGCCAACUUAAAAAAAUACCGCUGACACCCACUUAAUCUAGGACAAAGAAACAGAGAGAGAGAACUGAAAUUUAUGGUGAUCUCGGUACAUUCCUGUUCUAAUGGUGGAAAAAAAACCUCUACUCAUCUCUUCGCCACCAUGAAGAGGGGAAAUCCUGUAGUACUCUAAAGCAAACAUUUAUCUACACCACAGCAUCAAACGUUGACACAUCCAUACUACAAGACACACCGAGAGUGCUGAUGUUUCACUGGGAUCAGGAGCCAGUGUCACUGCUCUUCCAAUGGGGGAUGAAAAGAUGUGCACCCAAAAGUUUUUACUGCUGCUGGUGUGGUGUGGUCUGCUGUCCGUGGCCGUGGUGGUCAUGUCUGUUACUCAGCUAACCGCUCGACACAACACCCAAGACCAGGUCGAAGAUAACAACCCACAACAAAAUGAGCCUCAAUCUCAGCCUGCUCAAUCCAGCUCGACCACUGGUCGUCCCCUUUCUCACAUUCAUCUAACAAUAAUGGACUCCAAUUUGACCUUGAAUGAGGACCUGCCUCCCCACUUUGCCAGCACCUCACGUUCACUUGUCCUCAGAAACAACUCGGUUUACGUCGAAUCUGGGGGGCUCUACCAUUUUUAUGCCCAGGUGACUUUUGGCGAGAUGCCAAACCUGACCGAGCGAACGGUCACUCUGAUCAGGAACGGCAUACUAGGGCAGGCAGAGAGGCGACUCAGUGAAGCAGUGAACUGGGGGACGAAAGAAGGCAGCGUAUCUAUUUCCCGGACAAUUAGAUGCCAGAAAGGGCAGAGUUUCAGACUUGAGAUCAGGCCACGAAUGCUUUUCAGAUAUAACGCACAGUAUACCUACUGGGGUCUCUUCCUACUGACCCCAUACGGAGUCAGGGAGGAAAAGAGAUAAUGUCAAAAUUAUAAAAAAUGUUGACAGAAAUAAUGUUGGUCAACAGAAAAAAGGAAAAAGAAAGAAGGAAAACAGUUCAUUUCAAUCAUGAAGGAAAUUAAUUUAAUCUUAUCUUGAAAUGAUGUUCCUGAUCUAAUGCCAAAGGAACAGGAGGGGAUUGGAUAAUGUCAUCUAUAACUGAUUUAAAACAGAAUUGUUCCAAUAAAGAAGACAGAAAGAUUGUCAAAUUAAGCUAUUUAGUUUAAUUUUUAUAUUUCUGUGCAAAUGUAAUUUUGUUAGAACAAUAUGUUGUUGUUGUUGUUGUUGUUGUUGUUGUCAUUGUUAAAAUGUCUUAACAGUUUGUGUAAAUUCUCAAAAAGAAUAAGAUAAAUAAUUUAACUGGUAUUGUAUUUAUAUAUAAAUGUGUUGCUGACAUAUUUCAUAAUGAACAAUUUAUGUAAA